AUGCACCGGUCUAACAACUAUGACACCCGGCCGUCAGGCUCGCGGUCCAGCCACAGCAACAGCAGCGCUUUCAGUCCCAACGCCAACCCUAACGAGGACUGGACCAAGAUCUCAGACCUAGCAGAGCGCCGGCGUAUACAGAACCGCAUCGCCCAGCGGAACUACCGCAAGAAGCUCAAGCGGCGCCUGGAAGAUCUGGAGAGGCGAGCAGGCUCCUCCGACUCCCCUGAGCACGAGCAGUCCGAAGAGCCCGAGCCGCCGAAGGCUGCUCCAAAGACUCGUACACGGACUCGAGCGUCCAAAUCUACUUCAGACAUCAAACCUCAAGUAUCCCACCCUGUCCCAGAACGGCCGGUGCCGUAUGAGUUUUACGCAACGCCAGACGAUCGCAGCGCCCUGUUCGCCCAGCAAUGCACCACCCGACAACUAUCUGCAUCGCCGCCUCCUGCUUUCUCCUAUCCCUCUCUUCCGUCCUAUGAUGGCUACCGCCAGCCUAUCUUUUCACAAUCGCCGAUGUAUCACGGCCUCGCCAACGGUUACAACGAGCUCCCAUUCCAGCCCGACUUCGGAGAGCACAUACCAUCCAUUGUUUCGGUGCCGGCGAAUAUGAGGAAGCAGUCUAGUUUCGGUGACGAGGACAUCAUCAGUCCGUUCAGUAUGAGCUACGCCACCAUGGCGGGAAUCGAUCUUUGUUCGCACCAGCAGCCAGAAUCGGGACCGAUUCCCGCGCUCUCGUACAGCUUUCCUGAUGACCAGCGAGCUCCGUCAACGUCCCCUGAAACGUCGAUCCUGACCUUCCCUCUCACGCCAGAGUCAGACCCCUGCUCGCCCCGAUCCAUCCCAGGAAUGUACGAGUAUGAUCUGCGACCAUGA